AUGGAAUAUAACAAGGAACAUAUUCAAGCAUUAUAUGAUGCAGCAAAUCGUAUGCGUAUAUCGGCUAUACAAAUGACUUGUGCAUCAAAAUCAGGUCAUCCGACGAGCUCGUGUUCGGCUGCUGAAAUUGUUGCUACACUCUUCUUUGACGAAAUGCGAUAUUUGAAAGACGAACCAAAACAUCCAUCAUCUGAUCGUUUCGUCCUCUCUAAAGGUCAUGCAUGUCCGAUUUUAUAUGCUGCAUGGGAAGAAGCCGGUCAUUUAACUCAUGAACAAGUGAUGUCAUUGCGACAACUUGGCUCGGAUCUUGAGGGUCAUCCAACUCCUCGGCUUAAUUUUAUUGAUGUCGCAACGGGCUCCCUAGGUCAAGGAUUGUCGAAUGCAGCUGGUAUGGCUUAUGUCGGAAAAUAUUUGGACAAGGCAUCUUAUCGUGUUUAUUGUCUAAUUGGUGAUGGCGAAAGUGCUGAAGGUUCUAUUUGGGAAGCAAUCGCGUUUGCUUCUCAUUACAACCUGGAUAAUUUGCUUGGAAUCGUUGAUUUGAAUCGCCUUGGUCAAACUCAGGAAACGCUAUUCGGUCAUGAUGUCGAGAAAUGCGCAAAACGUUUCGAAGCAUUUGGUUGUAACACUAUUAUCGUCGAUGGGAAUAAAGUGGAAGAAUUGUUGCGUGCUUAUCGUUGUGCACGAGAAAUGAAAGGCAAACCGACAUUUAUUAUUGCAAAGACAUUUAAAGGAAAGGGAAUUGUUAAUAUCGAAAAUGAGAACAAUUGGCAUGGCAAACCAGUUCCAUUAGAUACCAUAGCCAGCAUUGAAGCGCAAAUCGUUAACAAAAAUGGUCGAGGCAAGUUAUCGAUUAAAAAACCAAUUGACGAUGCUCCAUCAGUGGACCUUAAUAUAGGGAAUAUCAAAAUAGCACCACCUGCGUAUAAAAUAAGUGAUAAGGUCGCAACACGUAUGGCUUAUGGUAUAGCAUUAGCAAAACUGGGAGAUGUUUGCCCACGCGUAAUUGCUUUAGAUGCUGAUACGAAAAAUUCGACAUUUAGCGAAAAAAUGCUUGACAAACAUCCCGAGCAAUUCAUUGAAUGCUUUAUCGCCGAGCAAAAUAUGGUGAGUGUAGCGGUUGGAGUUGCAUGCCGCAAUCGAGCUAUUCCAUUCACUAGUACAUUUGCGGUCUUUUUCUCACGUGCUGUCGAUCAAAUUAGAAUGGCCGCAAUUUCGUUCUCGAAUCUCAAAUGUGUUGGUUCACAUGCUGGUGUUUCAAUUGGUGAAGAUGGUCCAUCACAAAUGGGUCUUGAAGAUUUAGCACUUUUUAGGGCUAUAGUUACUUCGACAAUUUUUUAUCCUUCCGAUGCUGUUGCAACUGAACGGGCCACGGAACUGGCUGCUAAUAUAUAUGGCAUAGUAUUCAUUCGGACUUCACGUCCUGCCACACCAAUUAUAUAUGAAAACGAUGAAAUUUUCGAAAUCGGGAAAGCUAAGGUUAUUCGGCAGUCUGAUAAGGACCAGUUUCUUCUGAUUGGUGCUGGCGUGACUUUGUUCGAAUGUCUGAAUGCAGCUGAUGAGUUGGCCACUGAUGGUAUUAAUGUUGCAGUCAUUGAUCCAUUUACGAUCAAGCCUUUGGAUAGAGACACAAUAAAAAAACACGCUAAACGAGUUGGUGGACGGGUCAUUACAGUGGAAGACCAUUAUCCAGCCGGAGGAAUUGGUGAAGCUGUAUCUGCUCUUUUUGGUGAAGAAAAUGGUGUUCGAGUUAAGAUGUUGUGCGUCACUGGUGUGCCACGUUCUGGUCCACCGGAUAUGCUUCUUGAUCUAUAUGGUAUUUCAGCUAAGGCCAUUAUUAAGGCUGUGCGCUAUUUCAAUUAA